AUAAUUGCUCUCACAAGCCAUCAAGUACGCGUUGGCUUUUUCACGCCAGCUGUCUAGUCUCGGACACAAGCAGAGACUUUUCCCGAACCACACGUACUCGCUUUGCCCGGGAAGCUAUCGGGAAUCGGACCCAAUAUACAAAAUCCAUAUUCCUUCCUAGCCUUAAAACUUAACCCUUUUGUUUGAUUCUGUAAAGAUUUUAUCUUUUUUAUUUAAAUCUGAGAAAUCUAAUUAUUGGUUUCUAAGCAGGACAUGUGGGAGUUUCUAAAAUCGUGUGUUCUAUCUCAACAGCCAAAGCCCAAAGUAGAGUCAGUGUCUUGUUUAAUGAUGCCUUUGCUUUUAUCAGAUUAUGUUUGUCUUCUGGUGUGUCCUUUGAUUUUUUUGGUGGAAGCAUGUUGAGCUUAAAAAAGACAAGUCUUUGUUUGUUGUUUUUAUAGUUGUUGGUGAGAGAGCUUUGUGGGUUUCAAGGUUAGUUGGACGUGAACUUGAAGUUUGAGUUUGGUUUGGUGUUCUGGUUCUGGCCCUUCUGGUUCUUCGUUUUUUUAUGCUUAAUAAUGGCUGAAGGGACUAAAGUGUGGUGGUAACUACCAGAGCUCCAUGCCUCCUAUGGUUAUGUUCUUGAGCAAACAAGAACUGGCCUUUGGAUAGGUUUUCGGAGACAUUAGAUGAAAUUUCGAGGCCUUGAUAGUUGAAUUUGUGAUUCUGAGAUUGAAAGGAGAGUGAUGGAUUUGAGGCGAGGUAGAGGAAAAGAGAGAGUCUUUGGAGAAAGAAAGUUCGAUUCCAUUAGUGGUAGUUCAUCAAGAACAGAUAAUAACAAAGAGGUUUUGGUUGAUAAUUAUGUUAAUGUUAGGGAGGGGGUUAAGGGUUUAAAACUUGACCAAAGUGGUGCAGCAAAAGAAACUGAGUUUGUUGAAAAAUACAGUCGAAAUUCGCAAUUCCCAAUCGAUAAUUGGAUCUCUGGAAAUGACCUUGACAUGAACAUGAGUAGGCUUUCGUCUGUAAAUUCAAGUGUGAGAGAUAUUUCAACCCAGUCAAAUUAUACUGCUGGGUCAUUAAGAUCAAGGGAAAGCAUGGACCAGUGGGGUGUAGAAAGAGGUCGGUUCGAGGGGUAUUAUGCAAGCACCAGGGUUGUUGCUGAGCGUGGAAGAGUUCCAAUAUCUGCUUAUCCUGACGAGGGACCUUCAAACUAUGAGCUUGAUUCUUUUCAGGGUCAUGGUGAGCAGACGUAUAGGGGUGAUCUGAGUGAAGUUGAAAAUUUAGAACAGGAUCGAGCUGAGCUUCUUAGGAAGUUGGAUGAGUUGAAGGAGAAACUUAGCAGAACUUAUGAUGUAGCAGAUAAACCAAGGGAAAUGGUUCCUAUAGAGAGGAGUAGGACACCGCCUGAUCCUUAUGGUGACCGGUUAACGUAUAAUCUUUCAAUGCAGCCAUAUGCUGUAGACAAGCCGAUGCCAAGACCUCCUCACUUCAACUACAGCCAUGGACCUGUUCCUUUUAUGGAUCAUCAUAGCAUGGAUAUGCAGAACUUCUAUCCUCCUCAAAGGCAUCCCUUGAAUGUGAUUCCAGAGUAUGAGGAUCCAUCUCAGCCACAGAUGAAAAAGAGGCCUCCCCAUCAUCCACCCCAAUAUCCAAGACCACCACCUCAUGAAUACUUUAUGGGGCAGCAGCACAUGGGUUUCAAUCUGCAUCCACUUGCAUCAUAUCACCAUGAGAAUGUUUUUCACUCGCCAGGAUGCUCUUGUUUAAGCUGCUACAACCAGAAUUCUGCACUUCCUCCCCAAGUUCCACUCGCUGAUUUUGGUAAUAAAGGGGUUCCAAAAGUUCCAAGUAGUUUGAAUUCCUAUCAUCAUGUCAAUCCUGCAACAUUGCAGCCGCAUAAUUAUGAUCCCCGAGAUGCUAGUCCUCCUCCAUUCCACACAAGAUGGCAAAGUGACCUUGCUUCUGACAAUGAUGGUGAUAGACAUCCAAGAAGGCCAACGGCAGUCAAUAGGUAUGGACGGAUUUUCCAUCCUGUAGCAGGUGGUGCCCCAAUCAUCACAUGCUUUAGUUGCUUUGAAUUACUGAAACUGCCGAGAAAACUUAACGUGACAAAUAAGAAUCAGUCAAAACUGCGCUGUGGUUCCUGCUCAACUGUAAUCUCACUUGAAAUCAAGAACAAGAAGCUCAUUACUUCUGCUCCUAAAGAAUCCAACCAUUUAUCUCCUGAGAUUGAUCAAAGUUAUAAUGAGGUGUUAAAGGGAAGCGUUUUAAGUUCUCACAGUAGUCAGAAUGCAGGUGACACCAACUCCUGCUGUGAUGAUUUAGAUAAUUCUGGUAAUAACUUGCAGUCUAUAGAUACCAAAGACAGUCCACUGGCAGAUGACCAGAGGCUGAACUUAGAUACAUCUGAGAAAAUGAAAUGCCUUUCUUCUUCAUCUUCCAUCUCUUCCAAGGAGGAAGAGGAGAUCUCAGAUAUUGUGAUUGCUCAUAGAAAUGUGCCUGACUCUGCUAAGCUGCCAACAAAAGAUUCCUUUUCUCCAGCAUGUCCCGGUUCGCCUCUUUGGGAGCGGUCUGAUGAUAGUCCUUCUAAGCAUGCAGUAAGCAUAGAUGGGAAGGGAAACAAGAGUGAAUGUAUUGACCAAGACAAGGUGCUCUUUAGUAAGAUCACUUCUCGACAGAAUUCUGUGAAAGAUAGGUCAGUGGAAACUGAGGUGGAUGCUUCUUUCAAUGAAUAUCUCAAUACCAGCAUAUCUCAAGACUCUGCAGAGGGAAGCAAAGAUGAAGAUCGACCCAAAAUCGGCAGGGGCGCUGAUUCCUUGUUGGUGGGUCUCAUCAAAAAGAGCUUUAAAGAUUUCUCGAAAUCUAAUCAAGUGGUGGAGAGAACAGGGCCUAGUGUUUUUAUUAAUGGGCAACCUUUACCAGAUCAUGUUGUUAAAAAAGCUGAAAAGCGUGCAGGCCCAAUUAAACCUGGAAAUUACUGGUAUGACUUCAGAGCCGGAUUCUGGGGCGUGAUGGGCCAAAGUUGCCUUGGAAUAAUUCCUCCGUUUAUUGAAGAAUUCUAUUACCCCAUGCCAACAAAUUGUGCUGCUGGCAACACAGGUGUCUAUGUAAAUGGGAGAGAGCUACAUCAGAGAGAUUUGGACCUACUUGCAAGCAGAGGACUAUCAACUACAAAAAAUAAAUGUUACGUCGUUGAAAUUUCUGGGAAAGUUACGGAUGAGGGCUCAGGGCAAGAGCUAGGUACCCUUGGCAAACUUGCUCCCACAAUUGAGAAGGCAAAGCAUGGAUUUGGCAUGAAAGUCCCCAAAGUGGUUGUGUAAUUCACUUUUGUGGUUUCGAUUUCCUGAUAUAAACACCGGAGUGCUUCGAGUAUUUAAAGAUGAUAAUGACAAGUCAAUCACCAGUUGAGUUCUUGGUGCCUGUUUACUUCCUAAGGUGUCUUGUUCCUUUUGGUUUGUUGCAAAGUCAAAAUCCUGGAAUAUGUUGUGAUUACAGUUUCAUAAUCUCAAGUGUUUGUUCAUACAUCUCUCUGAGUGAUGUGAUUUGUUCAUAUAGAUUGUGAGGCAUAUUGGAAUUGAUGCAGCAAUUGUCCAUUGUAUCAUCCAUUUGUGUUUGAGGCAAUUGUCCAUUGGAAUUGAUGCUGCAUUUGUAACAAUACAAUUUUGUGUAAUUAUAGGCAUGCUUGUUCA